UUAGGGCAGGCGAGAAGAAUUUCUAAGCAAUCUCGGAGAAAUCAAGCAAAAACCUCACUCAACAAUGGAAGCAAAACCAGGCUCCAAUUCAUCAAUCUCCGAUCAUCAUCAGCCCAGAAGAUUCCGUCGCCGAAUCGAAACCCCGGCAGCCGCCGAAACCCUACCGGAAGAAAUCAUCGAACAAAUCCUGCUAAAUCUCCCCGUCAGAUCCCUCUUGAAAUUCACCUCCGUUUCAAAAUCAUGGCGCUCGUUGAUCUCCAGCAACAAUUUCAUCGAAGCCCAUCUCGAAUUUUCGAGAAAAGACCCGAACUUUACCCAUUACCGGACGAUCUCAACCUUCUUGCCGCCCCGUAAUAGCAGCGCGAAGCACUGCUCUUUCCCGUCACUGUUUAACGGUAACGGAGUUGUGACGGAUGCAGUUGACGUUGAUUUUCCGUUUGACUUUCCCAAAAAAAUCGUCCGUGUUAUGGGUAUCUGCAAUGGGCUCGUUUGCAUAGCCCCUAACAUGGGGCAUUGGUUCUUGUGGAACCCAUCCACUAGACAGUACAAGCAAUUGCCUGACGAAUGUGAUCGGACGGAUGUCGUCGUCAAGUACGAUUUCAAGUAUGGAUUUGGUUUCGACGAGUCGACUCGGGACUACAAGGUUUUGCUAGCUCAUUCGGUUCUUAGCAAAGGCAAUCGAUAUGAAACGACCGUGAAAAUUUAUAGUUUGAGGACCGAUUCUUGGAAGAGAAUCAAGUUCUUCAAUGGUAGGCGUCAUCCAUCGGAUUCAGGUGUUAGUGGGAUAUUUGUGAGCGGAAAGAUUCAUUGGUGUAAAAAAAAUACCGGAUCAAAUUUAAAGUGCCAUAUUGUUUCGUUCGACAUAGGAAGUGAGGUAUGGGGGAAUGUGGCUGAACCGAGUUGUGUCGAGAGCGGUUCUUACGAUUCACCGUCUUUGGGAGUGCUUGAUGGAUGCCUUUGUGUGUUGUAUGAUUUCACGAGAAGUAGAAUAGUUGUUUGGGUGAUGAAGGAGUAUGGGGUGAGUGAAUCUUGGGCUAAAACGGUGACCGUACCUUAUGUUCACCUUCCCUUGUCGAAUCCGUCAAUCAUUAGACCGUCGUUGUGCGUCGGACCAAAGGGUGAAAUCUUGUGCAUGGUAGGAUCAACUUUGAUGGUUUACAACCCGAACGAUAAUCGGUUUAGGUGUCCCAAAAUGAGGAACUUUGGUGCUUUCCUUGAAGCGCAUGUUUACUACGAAAGUUUAGUCUCACUUGUCUAAUGGUGAACCGGAGAAUGAGGCGAAUUUAGAUUUGUUAUGACUUAUGAG